GAAUUAACUGCUGACGAAGUUUAUAGUUGGUCAGGUUUACAGUGAGCUAUGGCGGCAGAAGGUAUGUAUAAAUGACUUCAAAAUCAAAAAGGUGUUUGUAAGUGGGAACACAGAAGAGCUCCGGAGCUUCUCUACAGUCUACGCCGAGAUAAAAUCACCUCUACACGCCGGUGUUGAAGACGGGAUGGCGGACGAAUCGGAGAUGUACGACGGAAUUAGGGCUCAGUUUCCUCUAACUUUCGGCAAGCAAGCGCAAUCUCAAACCCCUCUCGAAAUCGUCCACAGCGCCACCCGCCGCUCCGGCGCCGAUGGAAAACCUAAUCCCUCUUCUUCUGCGAGCAAAGAUAAGCCUUUUCCAUCUAUAUCUUCGACUUCCCAAGCUUGGGUAGAGUCGUUCAAGAAGCCUAACCCUAGCAAUUCGAAGAAGAGCGUGACGUUUGGGCCUCCGCGGCCCGGGGCUGAUUUGGAUUCGGGGAAUGGAGAGGAGGAGGAGGAAGAGAAGGAGGAGGCGGCCAUGAUUGGGCCACCUCGGCCUUCAGUUGCGACGGAGGAUGAGGAUGAGGUUGUGCCCGUGAUUGGACCUCCACGGCCGCCUCCUGUAGACGAGGAGGAGGACGGGCCGAUGAUUGGCCCGCCCGCACCGCCACCUGCUUCGAUUGGAUCGGAUUCCGACGAUGAAAUGGAAGAGGGAGAAGAAAAUCGGUAUCGGAUACCGCUGAGCAAUGAAAUAAUGUUAAAAGGGCAUUCAAAGAUUGUUUCUGCUCUUGCCGUGGACCAUACAGGAUCAAGAGUUCUUUCUGGCAGCUAUGACUACACUGUUCGGAUGUACGAUUUUCAAGGAAUGAAUGCCCGCCUGCAGUCAUUUAGACAGGUGGAACCGUUUGAAGGCCACCAAGUUCGUAGUUUGAGUUGGAGUCCCACCUCAGAUAGAUUUUUAUGCGUCACUGGCUCGGCUCAGCUUAAGAUCUACGAUCGUGAUGGACUUACCCUUGCUGAAUCUGAAAGGGGAGAUAUGUAUAUACGUGAUCUCAAGAACACUAAAGGCCACAUAUCUGGGUUGACAUGUGGGGAAUGGCAUCCAAAAGCAAAGGAGACAAUCUUAACGUCAUCAGAAGAUGGUUCACUGCGAACAUGGGAUGUGAAUAACUUUAAAUGUCAAAAGCAGGUCAUCAAACCGAAACAAUCUAGGCCUGGGAGAGUUCAUGUGACCACAUGUGGUUGGGAUCGUGAAGGAAAAAGCAUUGUAGGUGGUAUAGGAGACGGUUCUAUACAGAUAUGGAAUCUUAAGCCUGGAUGGGGAAGCAGACCAGACCUAUAUGUAGCGAAUGCACACUCAGAUGAUAUUACUGGACUCAAGUUUUCCAGUGAUGGAAGGAUUCUAUUGUCAAGAAGCUUUGAUGGUUCAUUAAAGGUUUGGGAUUUGCGUAAGAUGAAAGAACCCCUUCAGAUAUUUAACGAUCUUCCGAAUCAUUACGCUCAAACAAACAUUGCAUUUAGUCCCGAUGAACAAAUCUUUUUGACUGGGACAUCAGUUGAAAGGGAUAGCACAACUGGAGGCUUGCUAUGCUUUUAUGAUCGGACAAAGCUGGAACUUGUGUCGAGAGUUGGAAUCUCCCCUAGUUGCAGUGUUGUGCAGUGUGCCUGGCACCCAAGGCUAAAUCAGGUGUUUGCAACGAGUGGGGAUAAGCGCGAGGGAGGAACUCAUAUCCUAUAUGAUCCAACCCUCAGUGAAAGAGGAGCUCUUGUUUGUGUUGCACGUGCACCGAGGACAAAGUCUGUUGAUGAUUUCCAGGCACAGCCUGUGAUUCACAAUCCACAUGCACUACCCUUAUUCCGGGACCAGCCUAGCCGUAAACGCCAGCGCGAGAAAAUGUUGAAAGACCCCCUCAAGGCUCAUAAGCCUGAACUGCCUAUAACAGGGCCUGGUCACGGUGGAAGGGUCGGUUCAACCAAGGGAAGCUUGUUAACACAAUACCUUCUCAAGCAAGGCGGGUUGAUCAAGGAGACAUGGAUGGACGAAGAUCCUAGAGAAGCUAUCCUAAAGUACGCUGAUGUAGCUGCAAAUGAACCAAAAUACGUGGCUCCAGCAUACGCUCAAACACAGCCUCAACCGCUCUUCCAAGCAUCGGAUGAUGAAGACGAAGAGAAGUGAUUAGAAAUUAUUUCGAACUGUUCCCUGUUCCCGAGCUACUGAUCCAUUUGUUAUCGUGAGCAGCGUAAUUGGCUAAUUGCUUCUGAUCAUUCUGCAUAUUGAGUGAAUUUCUUGGAUGAAUUUGUUGCAGCUCAACUAUGUGGAUUAGAGUGGAAAAUGCAUUUGUAUGCUAGUCUUUAUCAGGAUAGUUGAAUUGGAAUUUGGUAACCAUACAAUACAAAGUACUUUUUGGGAACUUGAUGCUCUUGAUGUAAUCUUGUUCUAGUUUAUGUAAAUCAGAUCAGGAUGAAAAUCCUGUUUCUUCAAAUUCCCAAACACUGCAUUCCUUGAAUUCCCAAGAUUUUUAUGAUUUUGCUUCAUUAAAUAAACAAUACUUUUUUGUUUA